AUGGACGUCAAAGUGCCAGUAACGGCCGAGGUCUACCAGCUGGACCUUGCACGACGGGAUCCUACUAUCAAACUCUGGAUAUAUCGCAUUGCCUUGGUAUGCCUAUGUUUACGACUAGUCUGGCACGAAACUGCCGUACUCCAAACCGCCAUACACCACUGGCAAGACCGCACCAGCGUUGAGCCUCAGAAAGCAAAACCAGGCGUAUGCAGAGCGCCUCUGCCCCCUCUACUGAAAGACCACCCCCCGAAGUCCGACGCGCCAGAGCUAUCCCUCGCCUCCGCGCUCGUCGACGCGUCCCUGCGAGACGCAUUGUCGGAACUAGCGAUCGACAGCCUGGUCGUCGCGGUGGUCACCGCUGAAGGCAGCGUCUUCGAGGGCACUUACGGUGUUCUCAGAGGGAACGAGAGCGAUGCUGAACGCAGGGGACACGUGGACAGGGACUCCAUAUACCGCAUGGCAUCCAUCAGCAAGAUGUUCACCACCAUCGAGACCUUUAUAUUGCGGGACAAAGGUCUCCUCAACUUAGAUGACCCGGUCGACACGUUCCUCCCCAACUUCACCUACCGCCACACCGACGCCACCCACGAAGGCCCCGUCACGAUACGGACACUACUAACCCACGCGGCCGGGAUCGGCGGGAACCUGCCCCCAGGCAACAUGUCCGACUGGCCGCACUCCCUCGACGGCGCGAACACGCCCCCGUACAACGGCAGGCCGUUCCCCACGCCCGAGCGGGUGCUGGAGGCGCAGGCGGAGCUUUCCCUCAGCACGCCGCCGCACGGGCUGCCGCUCUACUCAAAUGCGGGGUUCUCUAUCCUGGGCAUGGUGAAUCUGGCAGCUGCAAGAAGGAGCGACGAGUACAGGGAUCGUGUCUCGACAAUUGAAGAGCUGAUAGAGCGGGAUGUGUUCGAGCCGCUUGGGAUGAAUAGCAGUGGGUACCUCGCCGCGGAUCUCGGCGCCGAGAGGGUCGCUGUAUCAUCGUAUGCUUCGGAAGACGCAGAUUACGACUUCCAAACCGCUAUGAACCCGACUGGAGGGCAGUUCUCGACCCUGGCAGACCUCAUCGCCCCGAUGCGGAUGUUUCUGAACCCGGAAAAGAACCCGAGCGUCCUAUCGCCGUACACCAUCCGCGAAUGGAUGAAGCCUCAGUUCUCGUGGUUCGACGAUACCACAGAGCUCGGGAUGCUAUGGGAGAUCAAUAAGUACCAGAACUCGUUCAAGGACGUGCAGAGACUGUAUCAGAAGUCUGGGCAGCUGAUGGCGUACCACGCCGAGUUCACCGUCAACCCAGCGUCCGGGUAUGGCGUCAUCGUCCUCAUGGCCGGGCAGUACCUGAACGCGCAGAGCAUCACGUUCCACAUCCUGGACGCGUUCCAGCCGGCGUUCGACGUCCUCAUCGACCAAGCGACGAGGGAGCUUUAUACCGGUAGCUGGACCGACGGGGAGGCCAAUCACGUCGAGGUGUCGUCCAGGGACGGCAGUCUCUGGGUGGACCGGAUGGUCUUGAGCGGGGAAGACGUGUUGAAGCUCGUCCAGGGGACAGAUGAGGCAGAGCCGGUUGGUCUUUGGUCGACCGGGAGGAGUGAUCAGUUCAGACUCGCAUUCGGGGAGUCGUGGCGGAACGACGAACGUGGCUACCACUGCCUCGCAUACUUUUUCGGGAUGGAACUUGGAUAUGCGCGGGGAGCGGCGAUAAAUGAGAUAUCGUUUGCUGGAGAGGGCGGGGCGAGAACGUUGUACGUGCCGUCGGUGGACGUCAAGCUGCGCCGUGCUGCAUAG